AUGUGCCCCGUUCUCCCCUACACCCGCCUACGUGCCCCGUUCUCCCCCUACACCCGGCUACGUGCCCCGUUCUCCCCCUACACCCGUCUACGUGCCCCGUUCUCCCCCUACACCCGCCUACGUGCCCCGUUCUCCCCCUACACCCGGCUACGUGCCCCGUUCUCCCCCUACACCCGGCUACGUGCCCCGUUCUCCCCCUACACCCGCCUACGUGCCCCGUUCUCCCCCUACACCCGCCUACGUGCCCCGUUCUCCCCCUACACCCGGCUACGUGCCCCGUUCUCCCCCUACACCCGGCUACGUGCCCCGUUCUCCCCCUACACCCGGCUACGUGCCCCGUUCUCCCCCUACACCCGGCUACGUGCCCCGUUCUCCCCCUACACCCGUCUACGUGCCCCGUUCUCCCCCUACACCCGCCUACGUGCCCCGUUCUCCCCCUACACCCGGCUACGUGCCCCGUUCUCCCCCUACACCCGGCUACGUGCCCCGUUCUCCCCCUACACCCGGCUACGUGCCCCGUUCUCCCCCUACACCCGCCUACGUGCCCCGUUCUCCCCCUACACCCGGCUACGUGCCCCGUUCUCCCCCUACACCCGGCUACGUGCCCCGUUCCCCCCCUACACCCGGCUACGUGCCCCGUUCUCCCCCUACACCCGUCUACGUGCCCCGUUCUCCCCCUACACCCGGCUACGUGCCCCGUUCCCCCCCUACACCCGGCUACGUGCCCCGUUCUCCCCCUACACCCGGCUACGUGCCCCGUUCCCCCCCUACACCCGUCUACGUGCCCCGUUCUCCCCCUACACCCGUCUACGUGCCCCGUUCUCCCCUACACCCGCCUACGUGCCCCGUUCUCCCCCUACACCCGGCUACGUGCCCCGUUCUCCCCCUACACCCGUCUACGUGCCCCGUUCUCCCCCUACACCCGCCUACGUGCCCCGUUCUCCCCCUACACCCGGCUACGUGCCCCGUUCUCCCCCUACACCCGGCUACGUGCCCCGUUCUCCCCCUACACCCGCCUACGUGCCCCGUUCUCCCCCUACACCCGCCUACGUGCCCCGUUCUCCCCCUACACCCGGCUACGUGCCCCGUUCUCCCCCUACACCCGGCUACGUGCCCCGUUCUCCCCCUACACCCGGCUACGUGCCCCGUUCUCCCCCUACACCCGUCUACGUGCCCCGUUCUCCCCCUACACCCGCCUACGUGCCCCGUUCUCCCCCUACACCCGCCUACGUGCCCCGUUCUCCCCCUACACCCGGCUACGUGCCCCGUUCUCCCCCUACACCCGGCUACGUGCCCCGUUCUCCCCCUACACCCGCCUACGUGCCCCGUUCUCCCCCUACACCCGGCUACGUGCCCCGUUCCCCCCCUACACCCGGCUACGUGCCCCGUUCCCCCCCUACACCCGGCUACGUGCCCCGUCCUCCCCCUACACCCGCCUACGUGCCCCGUUCCCCCCCUACACCCGGCUACGUGCCCCGUUCCCCCCCUACACCCGGCUACGUGCCCCGUUCUCCCCCUACACCCGGCUACGUGCCCCGUUCUCCCCCUACACCCGGCUACGUGCCCCGUUCUCCCCCUACACCCGGCUACGUGCCCCGUUCUCCCCCUACACCCGGCUACGUGCCCCGUUCUCCCCCUACACCCGGCUACGUGCCCCGUUCUCCCCCUACACCCGGCUACGUGCCCCGUUCUCCCCCUACACCCGCCUAUGUGCCCCGUUCUCCCCCUACACCCGCCUAUGUGCCCCGUUCCUCCUCUCCUCAGUGCUCGUCUCCGUGUCCCCCGCUCAUGGCCUUCCUCUGGAUUUCCGGGCCUCCGCUCUCCGUCUGA